AUGAUCGACCGACACAUCACGCGGCACCCAGCGGUCACCAAAACUGCACUAGAAGCUGCAUCUAAUGUUCAAAAUACUAUUCAGGAAAUUAGAGAAAAUUGUGAUGUAGAGUUUCGACAAUUAUUUUUAUCUGUGAUAACAUUGUGUGAAAAAUUUGAUAUUACUGUUAGUUUGCCACGUCAAUGUAAAUCAGAUAAUCCAGAAUAUUUUUUGAGAGUCUCAGUAUUCAUACCUUUUAUAGAUAAUUUUCUAGACCAAUUGAACGAUAGAUUUAUAUCACACAGGAUUGUCUUGAAUAAUUUUGAUUGUAUUUUACCCAAGAUAGAAAUGAAAAUAUCUGAAGAGAUUAAAGGUAAAUUCAAACAAUUAGUAGAAACAUAUCAAGAUAUAAUUUAUAAAUGA